UCGACGGAAUUUAUUAAAUACCGUCCAAAAAGGUUUGCAAGGACCAAAGGCGAAACAUCACAUAAAAAUGUAUUUCCCUCUCGAAAUAUGGGAGCAUAUAUUUUUGUAUGCCGAUCCAGUGACGCUUACAAAUUUGAAAACAGUUUCUAAGAAUUGGAAUGUGAUCAUUAAUAAGAUCUUGAAGGAACAUGAUCAUUGGUACAAAAUAUGUAAAAGAGAAAUACCGCAACAUUUAUGGAGUACGCUGUGCGAGACAUUGAACCCAAAAAAGUUCUACACUGAAUUCCAUGAGAAGUACGAUGCCACUAUAUGGAUGGCAAUGUACAAACUAUGGAUUAAAUGUAAAAAUAUAAUGAAAUGGUCCACGCAAAGCAAGUAUUUCGAACCGUUAUUGAAAACAUGUCCUACAGAAAACAUCACGUGUGUAGAUACAUCAGGACAUUUGUUAGCUAUUGGAACGAGCGAGGGAUACAUUUAUUUUUAUGAUAUUAACAAAUUAUAUAAAGGCUCCAUAUAUAUAGCUGAUCAUAUGGAAUAUGUACAUAGCGUGCAAUUCAUUAGAGAUGAAAAAAAUGUUGUCUGUAUAUCUUGUUCUAUAAAUGAUCACAUAAGUUUCUGGGACGUUAAAUCAAAGAACCUGAUUGAUAAAACACGAGGAGAACUGAUUUGUACAAGUUACAGUUAUUGCUAUAUUGCCAUGCAUAACACCAUAGUCACCGAAGGAUCGAUACCGAGGACAAUAUACGAAUUUAGGACAAAUAGUAUUGUUGCUAUUGGUGCAGAUAAUAAUAAGGUACUUUUCUAUACGGAAGAGGGACUUCUUGUAAAUUUAAGGUUGAAUACAAGCAACCAAAAUGAUGUAAAUUUGACGCACAUUCUACCACCAAAUAUAGAAAUUCGUCGAUACUACAUAUUUAAACCGCACACAGUAGUCUGUAUCGCAGAAAAUGGAAACCUAGGUUUUUUAGUGCAAGAGAAAGAAUGGAUAGUGCAUAAUUUGUUUCCAAUUUUACACGGUACUCCUACUGCGGUAUUGGUGUAUGCCCAUGUUCUUAUCGUAGGUUUAGAUUCAGGAAAUGUUCAUAUAUAUCAUAUAAAUAAUUUUGAAACGAUAAAUUUCAAUACUAUAAGGUCGAAAAAAUUAACUCUCGAUUUCACAGCCGUUAUAUCAUUGAACAUAAUCGUCCAUGUUGAAGAAUUUCUAGUAGUUUCUUACGAGAAGAAAAUCUACAUCGUCAAAUUUACAUGA